UGUUUUAGACCUCAGUCGAGAGGAAUUGUCCAGCCGAUUUUCUAUUGACCAGAUCUGAUAUUCACAGCUUCACAGCCGUGUCUUGGACCACAGUCGAGGAGAAUCACCCAGACGAUCUUUAGAGACCAGAGCCAGUAUUAACAUCCUAAAACACUUGUUUUAGACCACAGUUGAGGAAAAUCAGCCUGCUGAUUUUCUACAGACGACAGUCUACAACAGACAUCCACACUUUUGAAGACUUCAGGGCCAUUUCAACUUUGUUCUACCACGAUCAGCGAAAUGCAUCGCCAGAACAAAAGGAGAAACCCAAAAAAGAUGGUGAGGGCGGCUCAGGCUGCUCCUCAAGACCAUCCCGUGUCUCACCAGGGCGAGGGCCCUCAGGCCAACUCUGACUCUGAGCGUCCUCGUAGACCCUGGAAGGAAGAGAGGAUGGCCAUGAGCUACACCAUCCACAACCUCAAGUAUAAGCUUGAAAGACUUGAGGGUCUUAUGGAGCUCAGGGAGAGAGAAUUCAAGGCCGAGUUCAAAAACAAGUAUGAGAUCAUCGCAUCUCAUGAGGCCACGAUCUCAAACCUGAAGAGCGAGCUCCAGUUCCAGGUGGCGCAGGUGGAGAGCCUCAAGCACCGGAACAAUCGGGAGAAGGACGACAUGGCAGCGAGACUGGAGGCAGAAAAACAAAAGCUGUCCGAGCAAAACAAUGAGAUGCUCAAGCUAGACCUCGACAAACAGAAGAGUGUUCUGCUCCAGAUCGACCUGCAGAUGAAGCAGUUGGAGGAGUUGGAGCAGGAGCUCCAGCAAAAAGACGACAUAAUCCGUCAUCUCAGGGAGGAGAAGAUGGGUCUCUCUAACAAGCUCACGGAGGCCACAGACCAGCUGACAAACCACAAAGCUGAGAUUCUCAAGAGCGACCACGCUUGGCAGACAAAAUAUGAAGCUCUGCAGGAGAAGUUCAGCCAGCUGGAGGUCAAAGAACAUGUAGAGCAGGUAGAGGAACAAAAGAAAGAAAUUGAGGAGCUCUCCAUGAAACUGGAGGCAAAGUUCAGACAGCAGCUAGAGAAAGAACGAAGCAGGGAGGAGAAAAUAACACAGGUGGAGGAAACAACCAAGAAGCUGGAGGAGAAUCAACAAAUCCUGGAGGUAACAGUAAGCCAGGUGGUCAUGGACAAGACAGAACCAGAGGACAUCUCCUUCAGGACGGAGGAGGAAACUGAGGUGAAAAAGGAAAGUACAACAGAUAAGAAGAUGAGGAAGAAAGCAAAGAAAGCAAUGAAGGUGAAGCAAAAACAAGAAAUGGAAGACCUGAAAAGGAAGCAACAGGAAGAGCACAAGGACCUGAAAGGCAGACAGAAGCUGGAAAAGCUUCAGGAGAAGGAAAUGAACAAGAAAGAAGCACAGAUGAAGGCAGAGCUCCAAAAGAGAGCAAAGGAGGAGGAAAAAGAAAAGAAAAGAAAGGAGAAGGAAAUGAAUAAGAAAGAAGCACAGAUGAAGGCGGCGCUCCAAAAGAGAGCAAAGGAGGAGGAAAAGGAGAGGAAAAGAAAGGAGAAGGAAAGAAAGAACGGUGGAGAUUAGAGUGACAGUGACGCAAACGUGGAGUGGGCUGCUGGUUGUUCUACAGAAUGCCAGCAGCAGCUCCAUCCUUCACCUCUCCACCGUUUCUCCAUCUUCCCCUCCGUCACCUCUCCACCGUUUCUCCAUCUUCCCCGCCUUCACCGCUCUACCCCCUCUCCAUCUUCCUCCCCCCUUCACCAUCUUUCUCCCCCCUUCUCCAUCUUCCUCCCCCCUUCACCAUCUUCCUCGCCCCUUCACCUCUCCCCCUCGAACCUCAUCCUCACCACCUCUCUUCUCACCUUUCUCAGUCUCUCUCUGAACCCCCCCCCCCCCUCAAUCUGACUCAGCCCAUCUAUCACAAUCUGAGAACAUUUCUUGGCAAUCAGUCAACAGCGGCUCAGCAAUCAGCCUCAAACAAAAGGGUUUUCUCCUGGCACGCAGGUUUCCCCCAAUGAAAUCAACAUUUCAUUGAAAAAACACGGCUGAAUUUCUGUCCACUGUCUCAACUUGACUUGACUUGCCCAAGAAAAAUGACUUGAGACACCACCAAAAUGUCUCGAGUCAAAUUGUGGGUUUUCUCCUGGAGCUCAGGUUCCCACAACCAAUCAAUUAAUUCAUUAUUAAUUCAAAAUAAAAUGUGUUGAACUGGUA